CAGGCAGGGGGGCGAGGGCACGCGGGCUGACUGCGCGGACGCCGGGACAGAGCUGCUGCCGCCGCUGCCCCCACCGCAACCGCUCCCGCUACCGGCCGCCCAAGGGCCUGGCUUGUGAGAUUGCGCGGGCCUGGUGGUGUCCGCCACAGCUUCAGGCUCUUUGUCACCAUGAAGCUGCUGCACCCAGCCUUCUCUCGCUGCUUACUGCUGACCCUGCUCAGCGUCUGGACAGCUGCUCCAGAGGCUCACGCUGUGUCUGCGGGGAUGCCAGCCAUCAGCGCAGCGUCUUUCCUGCAGGACCUUAUGGAUCGCUAUGGGGAGGGUGACAGCCUCACCCUGCAGCAGCUAAAGGCCCUGCUCAACCACCUGGACGUGGGAGUAGGCCGGAACAAUGUCACCCAGCCCCUGCAGGGACAGAGGAACCUCUCGACGUGCUUCAGCUCCGGAGCCCUCUUUGCUGUUCACAACUUCACUAACCAGUCACGGAUAGAGAAGAGUGACUUCAAGGAGUUCUGCCCCACCAUCCUCCAGCAGCUGGAUUCCCGGGCCUGCUCCUCCGAGAACCAGGAGAACGAGGAGAAUGAGCAGACCGAAGAGGGGAGGCCGAGUUCAAUGGAAGUGUGGGGCUUUGGUUUCCUCAGUGUGUCAGUGAUUAACCUGGCCUCUCUCCUGGGAGCCCUCGUCCUGCCGUGCACGGAGAAAGCGUUUUUCAGCCGUGUGCUCACUUACUUCAUCGCCCUGUCCAUUGGAACGCUGCUCUCUAACGCGCUGUUCCAGCUCAUCCCAGAGGCGUUUGGUUUCAACCCUCUGGAGGAUUAUUACGUCUCUAAAUCUGCCGUGGUGUUUGGGGGCUUCUAUCUGUUCUUUUUCACAGAGAAGAUCUUGAAGAUGCUCCUUAAACAGAAAAACGAGCAUCAUGGACAUAGCCAUUAUACUUCUGAGACGCUUCCUUCCAAGAAGGACCAGGAGGAGGGGGUGACCGAGAAGCUGCAGAAUGGGGACCUGGACCACAUGAUUCCUCAGCACUGUAGCGGCGAGCUUGAUGGCAAGGACCCCGUGAUGGACGAGAAGGUCAUUGUGGGCUCACUGUCUGUCCAGGACCUGCAGGCUUCCCAGAGCGCCUGUUACUGGCUGAAAGGCGUCCGCUACUCUGAUAUCGGCACCCUGGCCUGGAUGAUCACCCUGAGUGACGGCCUCCACAAUUUCAUUGACGGCCUGGCCAUUGGCGCCUCCUUCACUGUGUCCGUUUUCCAAGGCAUCAGUACAUCAGUGGCCAUCCUCUGUGAGGAGUUCCCACAUGAGCUAGGAGACUUUGUCAUCCUGCUCAAUGCUGGCAUGAGCCUCCAACAAGCACUCUUCUUCAACUUCCUUUCCGCCUGCUGCUGUUACUUGGGGCUGGCCUUUGGCAUCCUGGCAGGCAGCCACUUCUCUGCCAACUGGAUCUUUGCACUGGCUGGAGGAAUGUUCUUGUAUAUUUCUCUGGCUGAUAUGUUCCCUGAGAUGAAUGAAGUCUGCCAGGAGGAUGAAAGAAAGGGCAGCACCUUGGUCCCUUUUAUCAUCCAGAACCUGGGCCUCUUGACGGGUUUCACCAUCAUGCUGCUCCUCACCAUGUAUUCAGGACAGAUUCAGCUCGGGUAGGGCCCCGCAGGAGCCUGUGGGAGUGGAAGCCGGGCCCUCAGCUGCCUGUUCCCUGGCCCUGGGACUCGGCAUCCAAGAAGCACCUCCGGCGAGGCAGUUAUAUUAAAAACUGACACGGACUAUAUUCCUGCACUAAAUGUCAGCUGUUUUUGAAAAUGCUCUAUCCUAGUAAUAAGCUGCCCUGGUGAACAGUCUCCAGGUAGCACCUCUCUCCCUUGCCUCUCUCUUCUUCUCAGAGUGACUCUGGAACCUGAAUGCAGCUUAGAAGACAAGCCUAACUUUUUUCUCAGCUUACCCCGGCCUCUGUCUCUUUGAACCAGUGCUGAGAGAUGUUGGAUCUCUUGCCGCAAUGCAGAAUUAGAGGCAGCAGUCAAAACCUGGUGACAAAGGUUAGGAGGUGAAUCUACAUGCAGUUGGGGGCCCACGAAUCUAAAUGUGUGUCCUGGACUCCAAAGAGAACUGAAAGUUGGAACAGAUGAGUAGGGCAAAGAGUGAGAGGGGAAGUGGAACCGAUGGUGUGUGUCCUGCCCUGACGGUUACUUGUGCCCACUGGCAUGCUGAAUGUUGAUUUUGUGGCUGCACCUGGUGUUUCCUGGCUGUCCAGGAGAGCUUAGCAUGUAGGUUCGGUUGCCUGAGCCUCCCCUUCCUUUCUUAAUUAACACUAACAAGAAUGGAGGGCCGAGAAGGAAGUCCUGCAAAACAUCGACUGGUUUUGCUGUGGUUUCCACCUCCCCGUCCCCACUCCCAUCAUCUGGGACUUUUUAGCUGCCUCCCUAGAAGCACAUUGACGAUGCUGAUACUAGAGGGGAGACUGCACAAAUUUACCUCCCCGGGCCAGCACGUCUGCUGCAAAGUGGCAAGUUGAUUCGCGGAAUUGGAGUGCAACUUGUGCUCUUUUCGACAAGGGUAAUCAGGAAAGGAAUCAGUACAGGCAACCUUUAGGAUUUGCUAAUUGCAUAAGCAAAAAGUGUGAAUAAUAGAACUCUUGAAAUGUAAGAUCCGGAGCAUAGGUUGGGCUCUGCAGAUGUUUGCGGAACAGAGGACCUACUGAUGAUGCUGCAAAUGGGUUAUUAAACAGCACUGUCUAGGUUACCCCCUUCUUCCCCCACCCCAAACAAGAAAGGGCAAGUCCUAUAUUGAAUUGAAUAUGAACUCCAACUCUUCAGAAAAUGGAUUGAUAGACUUGUCUGGGAGACUAGGCCAGCCUCAGGCACUGUGGAGCCCUCUUCCUCAGAACUCGGGCUUCAAGGGGAGCUAAUCUCCAGGUUCACUAGGUGAAUUGAUUUAUUAUUAUCAUAUUGAUAAUGUGAGAUUCUUUAGCCACUUUGGGGAGCCAGUCUCUCCAGAAGCCUUUCUUAGCGGUGCCCCACAGUUGCAGCCCAGGGGCUGUGUUCGCUGACUGAUUUGUGUGCAUGACUGACAGUGCUGGUUCCUUGCCAACACCUGUGAGUGUUUCUCGUCUUACCCAGAAAGACUUUCCACUAAACAGUAAUUAAAAGCAGCCUCUAUUUUGGUUUUUUUCUUUCUUCUUAGGGAAACAUCCCUCAAAACAGAAAUAUUCUUGAAAAGAACGUAAGCAGGAAAAACUGCUGGUGAUGCUUUAUACGUUUUUCUCCUUCUCUUGCCUGUUGACUUUGGUAGAUUUGAGAAUGGGCUGAAGAGGAAGGAAAACAGUUAUCAAGAUUCUAGAUUAAAUAUCAGGACUGACUCCUGAUAGGAUGAUUAUGGUCCAGUUUUACCAAAGAACCAAUUCCUUGAAUGUUGGCAUCUAACUUGUUAUUAUAUUAUUAUUAUUGUUACUGUUUUAAAACGAGUCUUUGUCUUCUCUGUUCUACUUUUCUCAAAUAGCUUUCAGGAGCUAGCAGAAAAUAACAGUCAAACUUGAAGACUUUAGAAGACUUUGCUUUCCUUAAUUCACACUGAUGUAUUAAAUUUAUAGUUUUAGCAUUCCCUAUAGAUCUCUCAUUCCUUACAAAUACCAUUAUCCUUGAGGUACAAUACUAAGUUAGAGUUAGUGGGUUUCUAGUUUUAGAAGAGCUCAAAAAUGUAAUCUUUAACGAAUUAAAAAAUAAAAUGAUGGCGUGGUAGGGUGCUUCUCCUCUCUGCACAUCUGUAUUAAGAACCUCCCUCUCAUAGCCAGCUGCCUCAAAGGGAAAUUCUCUUUGAACUCUUAAUUAGUUUAGGGGCCAGUCUUGGCCCAAGCAUAGGAUGGGGAAAACAUUCAAAUCAUGCAACUGAUUUGAGGUUGUCAUUGGCAAUAGACUUGCCUUGUGACUUGAAAAUGUGGCGAUUUAUUGUGGACUUUUAAGUGUUGAAUUUGCUGUUUUAAGCAUCUGUACAUAUUAGAAGUCUGAGGAGUGGCGCCUUUUGAGGAUUUGUUCACCCCUGACAUUCGCGUCUUCACCCUGUCUUUCCCCGGAUGGACCAGCUCCUAUUAACAAUAGCAGGGACAGCCUAUGUCGUGCUGGAGCAGUGACCCAGGAGCAGGGUUUCUGCCGGUCACCCUCGCCCUGGCUGACAGGUUGCCUUCCACCCUUGCCCCCAAAGAUCUUCUGUGUCUAGUAUCAACCUGGAACUUUCCUACAUUGGUCCUUCACCCUGGGUUUAAGAAAAGAAGGCUUCUCUGUUUGGGUAUCCUAAGACUUGUUUUUAGUAAGUCCUCUUCCAAAGAGAUGGUAGUACGCCGGAAAUCUGCUGAAAAAUGAAAAGUCAGAUUUUUGCAAGAGGUUAGGUUUUUAUUGUUCAUAUUUCCUUUUACAGUUCUGCAGUUCCACCACAGUAUUUUUUUAAAUAACUCAGGAGUUAUGAGGAUAAAUUAGAAAAGAAAAUAACUUAAGUUAUAUGGACUUUAAAUGUUUUAUUUGUAA